AUGUAUUGCUGUGUACGUGGCACGUUUCACUGUCAGUAUAUCAAUGGAGUUCAGUUUAAUAAAUUAAAAACGAAAUAUAGAACUGACGAGGAUAUAGUCGUAUAUUACACGAUACAAGAUAGAGCAUUGCCAAACGUCGAUUACCAGUUCGUUUACGUGAGCAAAGAAAUAGAAAUUCUGGGUACCAGCUCAUAUUUCCGUUUCAUCGUCAUCCCGAAUCUUCGUGCCAUCGAUCGAAACUUAAAUACGCCGAAUCGUGGCGUCGACAACGUUCACGACGCGCAUGAUGGUCAUCCGGCAUUGAUCGUGUCACCGACAACAAGCAACGUGGGGAAAAUACUUAGAUCUAGCAAAUCGAUCGACAACUUCGUCGAAUCUCAUCGAACGUGUCGGUCGUUUGCCGAACACAGCCAGAGAACGUGUCGAUUCUGUUCGAAAUCGGUGUCAUUUACAACAAAUAGGGUUCAGUUUCUGAUGUUGCAUAAUGAGCAGCUAGUAGCAAGGAUGGGCCGUCUGACACGCGAUUUGGAGUUAACGGAAGCGGCUGUAAAAAGUGAAAAAAUGGCACAGACAGUGUUGACAAGGAGGUUGCAGGCUUACGAGACGUUCGUCGCGGAUAUGUUCAAGUGCUUAAAUCUAAGAGGAACCGUGAAGAUUCUGGAUAAAACGGGGCAAGAGAUCAUCGUACAAAAAGUAAAACCAAAGAACUUACCACCGAUGCGUGACGAGACAGGUGACAAGCCUGUCCCUAUUCUGGAAGUCUCAAUGUUGAAUCAAUCUUCCGAACUUAAAGAGUGCAACGAUGGAUCAACGACGAAUAUAAAUGAGAUGGAGAAAGUUCCUCGAGUAUCGAAUUUCUGCGAAACAGAGGAUAACGAAGAACGCGUAGCUCUCAAAUAUUUCAAAGACGAUGGAUUCUCUGUGAAAAAAGAGCAGAAUGAGAACAAGAAAAAUUUUGAAAUUACUUUAUCCGUAGAAGAGGGACAGUCUCGGUUCAAUAAGGAAAUCUUGAUAUCGGAGGCAUCGAUUAAGAAGGAUCGUGAGGAACAAUGCGAUUCUUACGUAACGAAAGAGGCCACGGGCACAACAAACCAACGAGGAGAUGAAAUAUGCACAGUCAACAGUAAGAUCGAACAGCCUAACGGUGUCGAGGACGAAUCGGAAGACGGUAAAAACAUUGUCUAUGACGAUAAAAAAAUCGUGAAAGAGCUCGAUUCCUUGAUAACCGGAGAUUCUUCAAAAUGCUGCUGCGACUGUCAUUUAAACAUGUCGAAAACGUGUAGCUCCAACAAGAGGUUUGAUAACGGUAACGUAAAUGAAUGGGCGCUUCAAUGUGAAUGUGACUUGAAAGUGUCGGAUGGGAUGUAUCAGAUGAUUGAUAAUUACGCGGAGAACCAGUGCACUACGAGGGAAGCGACGAAGGGUGGUUUGUCCGCGAUUCUGAUUAAGGGUAGAAAUACGAAAUUUGCUGUUAUCAAGUAUUAACGUACAAAAUCAAAUGGAUUCUCAACAGCGAGAUCACUCUUGCGAUAUCUAUCAUCGUUGUCGUCUUAAUUUGCCUUGCUUCAAGCAAUGAUUUAGCUGGCGCUAUCGAUGUAAAUAAUAAAACGUGUAAU